GAGUCAAUCAAAAAUAAUCAUAAUGCAAACUAGUUCAGAAGAGUCUAUGAUAAUUGAUCCAGACUUUGUUCCCAAAACUGUUCUUAAUAAUAAUGAUCAACAGAAAGAAAUUUGCAGUAUAAAUCAAAUUGAAGAAACUACUAGUAAUGAGGUUGAACCCGAAAAAUCUGCCAUGGUAGUUGAUAACAACAUCAGUGAAUGUAGUAAACCAAAAUUUAGACCUGCUAAAAAACAUGAAUUAAGAAAUGGUUCUCCACAAUUUCGUGAAAUUCCCGUUCCGCGACACCGUUUUGCUCCUUUGCUAAAAGAAUGGAAAAAAAUUUAUGAACCUCUUGUAAAACAUUUGAAUCUUCAAAUUAGAAUGAAUCUUAAAUCCAAACGUGUCGAAUUAAGGACAUCUAAAUAUACGACAGAUUCAGGAUCAAUUCAAAAGGCUGCGGAUUUUAUUAAAGCUUUCAUGUUAGGAUUUAGCGUUGACGAUGCGAUUGCCAUAUUACGUGUAGAUGAUCUUUAUAUUGAUUCUUUCGAUAUUAAAGAUGUUAAAACACUGGAAGGUGACCAUUUAUCUCGCGCUAUAGGUCGCAUUGCUGGUAAAAACGGGAAAAGUUGUUUUGGCUGA